AUGAUAGAUAAUCUUCAUAAUUUGAAGAUAUCAUGGAGUCUGCAACAUGGCAUACGCAUUGAAGUAGAAGAAUGUACUACUUCGAGCAUGGAGGUGCCAGCACAAUACGAUAAUAAAUCAAUUGAUUUGAGAAGAGAGGAUUUACCAGGACUUGGCAGCAUGGUGAGCAGCAUUAAUUCCCCGAUUCCAAUAAAAAUUAGAGGAACCCCCCGUUUAGGUUCCAUUACAACUCCAGUGCGAUCAAAAAAAAAGAAACUGGCGGUUCCAUUUCUCGAAAGGGCUCAACUGCAACAAACACAAGAAAUGCUAGGUUGGUUGAUUGACAAAGACUUGGUGGGAAGUGUCCUCGACGCGGAGUAUCUUAUUAAAACUACCGACUUAAACCUGGAAAUUAACAUUUUAAGAGACUCUUUUCAAAACGUUAAUGUCCAGUUAUUAUCAAAAUACUGCGUGAAGAAGGCUUUUUUUGCACUUGAACAGGCAAUAUCAGAAAAGAAGCAGAAAUAUAUCAAAACUUGUCGUACUUGCGGACAAGUCAUUACUAACGUGUUACUAGAGUGGAUGUUAUGUAGCUCUUGCUUGUUUUUUUUUCAUUCCAAAUGUGUUAAAAAAUAUAGAAAGAAAACCACGAAAGUAUGGUUUUGCUCAGCNGCAACCCAACGGUACUAUGUUUAA